AUCAUCAUCAUAACAUCCACAAGAAACUCAUCCAUGGCGAUUCUCAGUUACAUCUCAGCAACAUCAACUACACCACCGCUUCCUCAAGAUCAAUCACCCAAUUCUCGUCUACCAACCAAAAUCAUUCUACCCAAUAAGAAACCUGAGAAAUGGUCCACCGGCGUUGCUCCCGGAGAGUACGGUGGUCCUCCGACCACCACCAAGCUUCGAAAGUACUGGGGAGGAGAAAAAGAAGAUCCCAUUACUUCUACAGACUUAAUCUGGAACAGAGAUUUCAUGGAUCAAAUGAAGAAAUUGUUCGAUUCUCCUGAUGAUUCUUCUCUCGACCCAUCUCCUUCAAAGGAAGAGUCUUCUGGGUUUCUGAGCUUUAGUAGAGUUAUGAGUCUUGACAGUAUGGAUGUUGAUUUAAGCAAAGAGCUUGCAGUGUCUUCUAAACCCGUUGUAAAAGAUCUUCUUGACACCUCCAAGUUAGAAGCUAAAAAGCAAAUGAGUAAGGCUAGUGUGUCUCCUAAAUGGAAGCUGGCACCAACUCGUCGCGAGCAAGAGAAAUGGGAUAGAGCAACUAAGGCUGCAACUGGUGGCAGUGAUGUGAUGUUUAGGGAGCUGAGGCGGCCACGUGGUGACCCAGAAGUACAGGCUGCUAAAGACAGGGAACAAUAUUUCAAGCUGAAAAAUAAGAUACAGGUUCUCACACUUGGUAUUGGUGGUGUUGGUUUAGUCUCAGCUUAUAUCUCAUACACCCCAGAGAUAGCACUUAGUUUUGGUGCUGGCUUGAUGGGUUCACUUGCAUAUAUGAGGAUGCUUGGUAACAGUGUAGAUGCCAUGGCAGAUGGAGCCAGAGGAGUUGUCAAAGGUGCAGCUAACCAGCCACGGUUACUAGUCCCGGUUGUGUUGGUUAUGAUAUUCAAUAGAUGGAACGCAAUACUUGUUCCUGAGUAUGGAUUCAUGCAUUUGGAGUUGAUACCUAUGUUGGUUGGGUUCUUUACUUACAAAAUUGCAACAUUCUUUCAAGCUAUAGAAGAAGCCAUCUCCAUUACUACUCAAAAACCCGAAUCAUCAUCUCCAGAAAUAGAGGCCAGUGAUUAGUAAGGUCAAAUUCAGUGUUGUAAGAAAUGUAAUUUAUACAC